AUGCUGAAAGAAUGCGAAAAAGAUGAUAAUAAUGAUCCACCACCACCACCGUACAGCCCACAGCGACCCCCACCGCCGUAUGCACUGCAAAAUACGUUGACCGAAACGAAGGAAAGUCGUGGUCGAGUAGCACCAACUCCAUUUACUCCAUUUUCAACUGGAAGUACUGCAACGGUAUACCCACGUCCGUCUUCGCCGCCAACGUCAAUUGUAAGCACCUCAGGUGGUGUCAAUCCAUCAUCAGAUGGCAAUUCGACGACAAUUGUUCACUGUUAUCAUCCAAAAAAAGCAGUCACUGCCGAACCACAUGAAGAAUUCUGUCCAAAAUGUCAGUGUCGAUGUCGAACAAGGCAAAAAUUUAUCUCCGGACGAUUAACAUGGCUAUUGGCAUUCAUUAUAUUACUGGUAUUCUUUCCAUUAGCAUUUCUACCAUUUUUGAUCAGAUCCUGCAAAGAUGUACAUCACUAUUGCCCAAAAUGUAAUAUGUUAUUGUCAAUAAAACGGAGGUUUUUCUUUUAA